AUUUUUUUCCUCGCCGCUUCAAUUAUUGUCAUUCUUCAAGAUUGAAUGUAAUCACAGAUUGAGUUCUGACAGAAGAAAAAAGUUAUCCUCAGAUGUGGUAAGGAUCCGAUCCGAGAUCCGGAACUAAUAAUAGUUAGUACACCGACACAACCCUAAAUAACAAAGAAUCACAUGCAUCUUAUCUUCCUGCCAAAGCUAAUCACCUCACCUUUAAUCCCACACCUCACCACUAAUCCAAAUUCACAGCCUACAACUUUUCUAAUUACCACCUUAAUUAGGACAUUAAUCAAACUAUUUUGUCCAAAUCAAGAUUAAUUACACCAAAAAAAUCAAGAAACUCCACCACCAUGUUGCAAACUGAGCCUUCUUUUUCAAUUUACAAUGAUGAAAAUGAAGAAAAUAAUGGAGCAGACGAUGAAAAAUUGAUGAAAAAGAUUACAAUUGGUGAAAAAGAGUUUAGUUUUGGUAAAAAUGGUAUGGGAUUGAUUGAAGAAGAAGAUUAUCAAGAAAAUAUGAAUGUUGAAAAAGUUGAAGGACUAGAAAGUUUGAAAGUUGAAGGACCAGUUAGUCCUUCUAUGUAUCUUGCUUCUGGCCUUGGGAUUGAUGGAGUUGACUUUGGUAGAAUUGGGUUUGACUUUAAUUUGCCAAAUUUUGAUGAGAAUGGCGAUGAAGAGUAUUAUAAGAGGAUGGUUGAUGAAUUUCCUUGUCAUCCUUUGGUUCUUUCUAAUUAUGCUCAUCUUUUGCAGUUAAAAGGGGACCUUGAAGGAGCUGAGGAAUACUAUCAUCGAGCAACAAUGGCGGAUCCUGAAAAUGGUGGGAUUUUAAUGAAGUAUGCUAAAUUGGAUUGGGAGCUGCAUCAUGAUCCAGAUAGAGCUUUGAUUAACUUUGAAAAUGCUAUUCAGGCCGCCCCUCAAGAUAGCCAUGUUCUUGCAGCAUAUGCCAGUUUUCUUUGGGAAAUAGAUGGUGAUGGGGAAGAAUAUAGGUCGCAUACUCAGGUUGAAGAUUUUAAGACAUCAGCACAGCUUCCUCCUACAGCCGAUCAUGGAGAUGAUAAAAGCUGCAAUUUUGAGGAGUACUAUAAGAAAAGGGUAGAGGAACAUCCUACCAAUUCUUUGGUGCUCAGAAAUUAUGCUCAAUUUCUGUAUCAAUCCAAGCGAGAUCUUCAAGGCUCCGAGGAAUAUUACUCUCGUGCUAUGCUAGCUGAUCCAGAUGAUGGUGAAAUCAAGUCACAGUAUGCAAAAUUGGUUUGGGAAGUUCAUCGAGAUGGGGAUAAAGCUUCAAGUUACUUUGAGCAAGCGGUUCAAGCUUCUCCUCAGAACAGUCAUGUUCUUGGAGCUUAUGCACGUUUCCUCUGGGAAACAGAAGAAGACGAGGAGGAUAGCGCAGAGGCCAUUCACCCUGAAAACUCUGUUAAGUUGUAGAAUGUGGCGAUCUUUCUAAUUUUGUUAGCAAUCUGUGCAUAAUGUUGCGCAUAUUUUUGUUCAAGCAUCAAUUUUAUGCAGGUCAAUAAAAAUGCAUUUCUAAUGUUUUUAACUA